CCGAGUUUUGGUGCAUUGCACAUGCUUGCUAGAAUAAUAUACUGAUGACAUUGUUAUUGUUGGACUGAAAAUAACUGCUCAGCAAGACCCUACAAUUGCAUGCUGGAAACUGAAGUUGAUCUGGAGAUCUUGGGUAUUGCACAACAUUACUAGUGAGUCAUCAGUGUAACACCUGAAGCUAAUUGAAAUGAACUGGAAAAGAUUUGUGAAUAAACAUCCACAUUUCUUUAGACAUGAAUGAUCACAGUUCCGUGUAAAAAUCAGUUACAGUGUAUACUGAUGAAACCAGAUGUUUACACUGUUUUAAAAGUUAUAUAGGCUCCCCACCCCUCACUAAUACCUAAAUCAUACUUUAGGUAAUUUGGAUUAUCAAAUGUUUUUCUAUCUUCUGCAUUACUAUUUAAACUGUAUGAACUGGGACCAAAUUAGUAGGCUAUCAAUUAUACAAAAAAAUAUUUUGGGAAUAAGGCACAUGUGACUGUAUAUUUUUCUCCAACACUUGGUAUGAAAAAAUAAUUUUGCUUGAUAUUCAUCAAGAUACUUAUAAAGUAAUAAUGUAAACAGUGGUUGCAAGAGUUGGGCCAGGACAUAAAACAUAACACUCAUAAAUUCCACCAAGUCUCACAGGAAAGUUGGUUCUGGUUGAUUAGUUGUCGUUUCUUUGCCUUCUGGAGUUGAGAAUAAUUUCACAAUCAUUAACAAUCGAUGAAAGCCGGCAGCAGGUGAAGGCAAUUCUGUCCGCUUUGUUUUGAAGAACAUGUUUAUCUGAUUGUAGAAUAUGAACAUCACGAACAUUUUAGUGUAUUUUUUUUUUAAUUGCUGACGAUGCUCAACAUACAAGCUGGCUGUCCUUCAUGCAGAACACCCAGCCCACUCUGCACCAAGAUAAGAAAAGCUAAUCUGUAACCAGUCCUGUGAGCUCUCCGGUUUCUACAAUAUUCCCCCACAUUCCACAGGUGGCACCGAGGCAGACUGAGCUCCAUCUGCCGCUCUUACCUUCUCACAGCGUCCUCGCACUUAGUUUCAAAGUUAUUUUUAUUUUUUCUUGAAUUAACAGAAAUAUCUAGAUGAGUUUUAAAAAGAACAGCGGUCAAAUGGAGCUGGAGGAAACCAUCAGAAACCCGGGUUAUAAGGACGCAGUCGACGGCGGGUCGGCGGAGGACACCUCCAGCUCGGGCACCGGGGAGCGGCGCGACUCCACCGCGGUGAAGCUGGACGCGGCUGCGGACGAGUACACGCAGGUCAAACCGUACGCCGGGAUGCCCAAGGAGGUGCUGCUGCUGCACUCCUCCAGGGCUCGGUACCGGGUGCCCAGAGAGAUCCUGUUCUGGCUGACAGUGUGCUGCACUCUGGCGCUGGUGGCGGUCACCAUCGUCAUCAUCGCGUUGUCCCCGCCGUGCCUGCACUGGUGGCACAUCACCCCGGUCUACCAGGUCUACCCCCGGUCCUUCAAGGACUCUGACGGGGACGGAGUCGGAGACCUCAAAGGAAUUAAGGAGAAGCUGGACCACUUCCUGGACCUGAACAUCAAGGCGGUGUGGAUCAGCCCUUUCUACCGCUCUCCAAUGAAAGACUUUGGCUACGAUGUGGAGGACUUCAGGGACGUCGACCCGCUCUUCGGAAACAUGCAGGACUUUGAAGAACUUUUGGCUGAAAUGCACAACAAGGGUUUGAAGCUGAUUAUGGACUUCAUUCCCAAUCACACCAGUGACCGCCACCGCUGGUUCAACCUGAGUCGGACCAGAGACCCUCACUACAAGGAUUACUACGUCUGGACGGACUGCGAUCCAUCUUUCCCGAAGCCUAACAACUGGGUGAGCAUCUUUGGAAAUUCCUCAUGGACUUACGAUGAGGUCAGAGGGCAGUGUUACCUGCACCAGUUCCUCAAGGAGCAGCCAGACCUGAACCUGAGGAACCCCGAUGUCGUUCAAGAGAUCAUCGAUCUAAUCAAUUUCUGGCUGGAGAAGGGGGUGGAUGGCUUCCGGAUGGACGCGGUCAAACACAUGCUGGAAGCAGCACACCUGAGAGACGAGCCACAGGUGGAUCCAGACAAGCCGCCGGAAUUAGUAACUACAGAGUGGGACUUGUAUCAUGACUACACCACCAGCCAGGUGGGCUUGCACGACAUGCUGAGAGAGUUCAGAGCAGUGAUGGACCAUUACAGCCGAGAACCUGGCAGAUACAGGUUCAUGGUGACAGAAUCCUAUGACUAUGAAGAGGUGGACAAGACCAUGAUGUACUACGGAACGCCGCUAAUAAAAGAAAGUGACUUCCCCUUCAACUUUUACCUGCUGGACCUGCCUCAUAACACCAGCGGCUGGUGGGCUAAACAUCUGGUUGACCUCUGGAUGUCCAACAUGCCCAGCGGAAAAUGGCCCAACUGGGUGGUCGGAAACCAUGACAGGCCUAGAAUUGGCUCCAGUGCUGGUCGGAUGUAUGUUCGUGCCAUCAACCUGAUGCUACUGACCCUCCCUGGCACACCAACGACUUACUACGGCGAAGAGAUUGGCAUGGAGAACAUUAAUAUCACACAAAGCCAAGUGCAAGACCCUGCUGGGAAAUACAACGUGAGUCUCAGUCGGGACCCUGAGCGAUCUCCGAUGCAGUGGAAUAGUGAGAAGAACGCGGGUUUCAACCCCCAAACCAACAAGACCUGGUUACCUGUACAUCCCAGUUACGAAACCGUCAAUGUGGAGGUCCAGAAUAAAGAUGAAGGCUCCGUUCUCUCUCAGUAUCGCUUCUUGAAUGGCCUGCGGCAGUCAGAGCUCCCUUUUCUGCGCGGUUGGUUCUGCUACGUCCUCUCCGACACCAACAUUUUCUCUUACCUCAGAGAGCUCGAUGGGCACAAAGAAGCGUACCUCAUGGUGAUUAACUUCGGCAGAGGACCCAGCACAACGGAUCUCUCUGCUGUUAAGGAGCUGCCCGACGAGCUCCAAGUGCUGAUGAGCACCAACACAGCCAACAACCAGAAAGUAUUCCAGAAAUCCCGCAUCCAGACAGAGGCGGGAGAGGGUUUGGUCAUUCGGUACUCCACCUACACUCGAUUCCAUCCCAACCAUCCCGCACAGUGCUACGUCUCUGAGAAGGCCUGCUACUUGGAGACUGUUGACAUUCUUUACAAAUGCUAAAGCAAUUUAGCAUUUAUGAAAACUUUACGGUCUCGUCAAUCGAUUUACCGAGGUUGUCCUGAGGUGUCUUGAUUCAAAAGGGACAAUGUAACACAAUAAAACAAACGCUUCUCGAUGAA